AUGCGCCCCGCGCGCGGCGCCCCCCGCGCGGCCCCGCCCCCCGCCCGGCUGCAGCCCCGGUUCCUGCGCGGCCGGAGCGGCUCGGGCAGCAGCAGCGGCAGCGGCAGCGGCAGCAGCGCGGGCGCAGAGCGCGAAGACGACGACGAGAGCGCCAGCAUCAGCAGGCCGCUGGUGCCCGCCGCGCCCCCGGGGACCCCCGCCGCCUCCCGCGCCUCCACGCCCACCUCCCCGUGCAGCAUGACCGCCGCCGACCUGGGCGCUAGCGCGGCGGCCGGGGCCGUCGGGGGCGCGGGCGGCCCGGGCCCCGGCCCCGGCCCCUCCUGCCGUUCGUGUUGCGGCUGCUGCGGCCGCCGGGCCCGGCCGGGCCGCGGUGGUGGGCGCCGCGGCUGCGCCCCCGGCCCGGGCUGCCGCUGGGGCUACCAGGCGCUGUCCGUGGCGCUGCUGCUGGCGCAGGGCGGCCUGCUGGACGUGUACCUCAUUGCCGUCACCGACCUGUACUGGUGCUCCUGGGUCGCCACGGACCUGGUGGUGGCGGCGGGCUGGGCCAUCUUCUUCGCCAAGAACAGCCGGGGCCGUCGGGGCGGCGGGCACGCCCACCACCCGCACCACCCGCACGCCGCGCCCCUGCACCUGCCGGCCGCCGCCUCCGCCGCCGCCGGGGCUGCGGGAGCCAAGGCGCGCGGCGGCCGCGGGGGCGCAGGCGGCCCGGGGCCGGCGGGGGCGGCGGGGGCAGCCGGCGAGUUCGCCUUCGCCUACCUGGCCUGGCUCAUUUACUCCAUCGCCUUCACACCCAAGGUGGUGCUCAUCCUCGGCACGUCCAUCCUGGACCUCAUCGAGCUGCGCGCGCCCUUCGGCACCACGGGCUUCCGCCUCACCAUGGCGCUGUCCGCGCCGCUGCUCUACAGCCUGGUGCGGGCCAUCGGCGAGGCGGGCGCCGCCCCCGGCUCCGCGGGACCCCUGCUCCUGCAGCCCCAGCAGCACCGCGCCGCCGGCUGCUUCCUGGGCACGUGCCUGGACCUGCUGGACAGCUUCGCCCUGGUGGAGCUGAUGCUGGACGGCCGUGCGCCGCUUCCCGCGCACCUGCGCUACCUGCUGAUCGCCGUCUACUUCCUCGCGCUCGCCUCGCCGGUGCUCUGGCUCCACGAGAUCCACGCCGCCGCCGCCGCCCCCCGGGGCCGGGCUUCGCGGCCGGGCCGCUGCGGCCGCCUCCUGCGCCUGCUGGGCGGCUGCCUGGUGGACGCGCCGCUGCUGGCGCUGCGCUGCCUGCUGGCGGUGAGCUACCAGCAGCCUCUCUCUGUCUUCAUGCUCAAAAACCUCUUCUUCCUCGGCUGCCGCGGCCUGGAGGCCCUGGAGGGCUGCUGGGAUCCGGGGAUCCCGGCGUCCCCGAGUCGGGCCAGGGCGGGCUACGGCGCUCCGCCCUCUGCCUCGCAGGUGCCGGGAGGCCCCCAGCUGGCCCACUGCGUCUCAGAGGACGAGGGGGGAACCCACGGCUAUGUGAACACCCUGGCUGUGGCCGCCCAGAAUUGAGGGGUUGGGGGGCUCUCCUUGGGGAUGGGAGACCCCCACUCCCCGUCUUCUGACCUUCUCCCACCAGGUUGGAUCAGCCUCUGUCUGGGGCGGCAACUGUUAAUAGGACCAAGGGCCAGUGUGCCCUUCUGAACCCCUUGUGUCAGACCUGCCUGGAGGGAGAUGGCGCUGCGGUGACGAGGAAGGUUCCCUGACUGUGUCCUCGUCUCCAAGCCCUCCACUCACCCUGGCCUCCAAGGGGCUGGGUGCCCCUGCUUCUUGCAUGCCCCACCUCCACCUUGAUUCCUAUCCACUGUGGGGGAGGGUGGAGGAGAGGGGUGUCCAGGCAGGGGGUGCUGGGCCAGGGCUCUCCCUCCCACAUGCUUGGACUUGCCAGCUGCUUUUAGGCUAUGGGUAGUGGCCGUUGCCCCACGCCUUGAAACUGACCCAGGAUCCACAGUUCCCCCAAUGUGUGUGUGUCGUUUCUUCCAGAUGGCAGAUGCGGAGUCUGCGUGUGUGUGGGUGUGGGUGUGGGUGUGGGUGUGUGUUGUUUCCUGUGUCCCUGUGUCCCUCACAAUCAGUAGGAGAUCUGGGGAGUCCUUGUUCUCCCCACCACACACAUUCCUAUCUGAAUUUGAGGCCAUGAAUUCCCAGAAAGAGCUGGGCUCCUGGGGGCUGCCUGGCUGCCCUCCUCCCAGGACCUUCCUCAGUCCGGCUCCUCUCCUCUCAGCUGGGGGAGGGGAGGGGCCACACUCUAAGGACCAAACUGCACCCAUUCUUGGGUGAGUGAGCAUUUCUACCUCCAUGCUUUCCACUUUAGCUGCAUCACGCACUGAUGCCACUUGCAAAAAUGAUAAAUACUCAGAAGUUGCAUUCACCGUGGCCACUGGAUCCAGCUGGGUUUGGUGCCAGUGUUACUUAUUACAGGGUCUGGAGGGUCAGCCGUCAGCUGCCUCCCUCGCUCCCUCCCUCUGCACCCACAGCUCCUGUCCGACCUGAAGCUUGUUGCUGGCUGGGCCAGAUCUUGGCUCAGAAGAAUAGUUUUGGAGGGGUUCCUGGACAGAUGUGACGCUGGGUCUCCCAUGGGCCUGAGAGAAGGAAAUUCAGCUCCCCAUCUGUCUGUUCUUCCCCUGGGGAGCUUGGUGUAGAUCAGAAAGGGUGACCUUGUCCUCUGCUCUGGUCUUGAGAGUUUCUAGGGAAAAAGCAGGCUGCGUGGGGUGGGGUGGGCAAGCCCUCCCCGGCCCAGCCCCCUCCCUGGUGUGCCUCCCGUCAAGGCUGAUGACAGGUGACAUCCAGGGGUAGCCAUGUAGAGUCUUGAUGUGGGACCUCAGUCUUGGCAUCUCGGCGGCGGGGCGGUGGGAGUGUGGGAGGAGAGCUGGGAGCAAGGCUAGGGGUACUCACUCUCUUCCCCACCGCCCCGAAACAGGCAGGGGUGGGGGUCGUCAGAAUCCAUGUUUCUCCCCCGUUCUGUGCCUGGGCAGCUUUGUGUGGUGCGGUAAACCGUGGACAAAGAGCCAGAUGUCCUGGGUUGUGGCUUUGACUAUGUCACCCACAAGCUGUGAGUGACACACCACUUUUGCUUUCUGGGCCUCAGUUUUUCGCUUGGGGCCCGGCUCUCCCACCUUCUGGGGGCUUGUUGACAGAAGAGGAGACACAGGAGGGCUGAGGGCAAGGAGGACAAAGCUGCCCUCAGUGCUGUCCCUGCUCCCAGCCCUCCUCUCCAUACCGACAGGACCAAUGUUAGCUGGUGGGAUUUUGCAACUAAUUGUGUGUUUUCUGCCUUCUCUCCUCCCCCCAGGACUCCUCUUCUUUCCCUUUGAAUUCCAUGUGGUCAAAGCUCUGGGGCCCAGACCCUGGGGGGCAGGAGCCGCUCCCUCUGUCCCCAUGUCCUCUCUCCAGCUUUGCUGUUUCUCUGCUACCUGAUCUCAGUGACUGAGAAGGACUGUGUCUGAGCCAUGGCUGGCCCCUGCCCGGCCCUCGCCCCUCGCCCUUUCUACUGUUUGGGUGGUGGUCUCCCUACUGAGUGACCGGCUGUGAAAUCUCGAGGCUGUCGAGCUUUCUUGGGGGCUGGCACAGGUUCUGAUGAGCUGCCACUUCCCCAGUACAUCGAGAGACUGAUGGCACCGGCUGAAUCUGGCAGAGGCCAGGCCACUGGCCCCUGGAUGCACGUCCUUCUGACACUUGGUGCCAGCACUUGUCCUCAGGGGUCAGCCCCUCCCUUCUGGGGCAUCUGUAGUGCGGGUCAGACCGGAGAUGCUGCCUGUGGGUCCAGCAGACAGGAUGUGCACUGUCCCCGGGCCUGCGUCCACAGUGCGGGUCACGGAGAAGAACCUGGGGUCGGAUCAGGGGCCGCCUGCCUCUAACAUCGGGCAGGGCCUGUGUCUCAGCCCCUGACUCCUGAUCUGGUUUAAAGAGGGCUUGGACUGGAGCCUCUCUCAGGACAGUUUCGACAGACGUGCCCCGGUGCCUACUGCACAUGUUUUUGUGGAAAAGAGUGAGCUGGCAGGCAGAGCCUGGAAGAUGGGAAGUGCACCAUGCUAGCAUUUAUCACGUUUUUUUCUUCCUUCUCUUUUUAAAAAUAUAACCAGCCUCUGUUCUGAAAAUAAAAAACUUGAGACUUG